CCCAGUCAGCCUUCGCGGCGCGCACACCAACGCGGCCAAGCUACCAACUUGGGCCGGCCGGCUCUCGGGUUCGCUCGCCCCGCCCCUCCUCCCCUCCCCGGCGCCACUGCUGGGCGCUUGCGCGGGCGCGUGGCCGUGGCCCUGGUCUCCGCUGCAGCCGGUGGUGCCGCUGCCGCCGCCGCCGCCGCCGUCUCCUCAAUCAGUCAGUCAGUCCUCAGCAAUGGCGGAAGGAGGUGAGCGAGAGGAGCUGCUCUCGCCGCCGCCGGUGUCUCCGGCCAAACGACUGUGCUCGUGGCCCAGCCCGCAGGCUCACCUCCCACGCGGUUCGCCUGGGACAGUCAGUGGCGGGUCGGGGGGCGUUGGCGGUAGCUGCCUGGCCCCCGGGGCCCGCCCCCACCUGCAGCCUGAGUCCUUGCUGGACUGCGCCGCCAAGACAGUGGCAGAAAAGUGGGCGUACGAGCGGGUGGAGGAGCGCUUCGAGCGGAUCCCGGAGCCGGUGCAGCGCCGCAUCGUCUACUGGUCCUUCCCGCGGAAUGAGCGGGAGAUCUGCAUGUACUCCAGCUUCCAGUACCGGGGCAGCGCCGGCGCUGCUGGCGGCGCCCAGGGGACUUCGCCGGCCGAGGAGGGGCUUCCGCUGUCCCCCGGGGCCGCAGCUCCGGCCGGCUCCGCCCCCGGGGCCGCCGUGGUUGGGGCGUCCCCGGGACUGGGCGCUGGAGUCAGCGUGGCCGGUGGCGGCGGCAGCGAGGGGCUGCCUUUUCGCCGGGGCAUCCGUCUGCUGGACAGCGGCUCGGUGGAGAACGUGCUGCAAGUCGGCUUCCAUCUGAGUGGCACAGUAACUGAGCCAGCCACUGCUUCUGAACCUGCAAUGACUUACAAAGUUGCAAUCAGUUUUGAUCGAUGUAAAAUCACUUCAGUGACAUGUGGCUGUGGGAACAAGGACAUAUUCUACUGUGCUCAUGUGGUAGCACUUUCGCUCUACAGGAUCCGCAAACCAGACCAAAUCAAAUUACGUCUUCCUAUCUCAGAAACCCUUUUCCAGAUGAAUAGGGAUCAGCUACAAAAGUUUAUUCAAUAUUUAAUUACGGCACACCACACUGAAGUUCUUCCUACUGCACAGAAACUUGCAGAUGAGAUUCUAUCUUCCAACUCAGAAAUCAACCAAGUACAUGGUGCCCCUGACCCUACAGCUGGGGCCAGCAUUGAUGAUGAGAACUGCUGGCAUCUGGAUGAAGAACAGGUGAAGGAACAAGUGAAGCUCUUUCUUUCCCAGGGUGGUUACUAUGGCUCUGGAAAGCAACUCAACUCAAUGUUUGCCAAGGUUCGAGAGAUGCUGCGAAUGAGAGAUUCCAAUGGAGCCAGGAUGUUGACACUUAUAACUGAGCAGUUUAUGGCUGACCCACGUCUCACACUCUGGAGGCAGCAAGGAACAAGCAUGACAGACAAGUGCAGGCAACUCUGGGAUGAGCUAGGGGCCUUGUGGGUUUGCAUCAUUUUAAAUCCACACUGCAAACUGGAGGAAAAAUCCUGUUGGCUGCUGCAACUGCAGAAGUGGAGCGACCUUGAUGUCUGUCCCCUGGAGGAUGGGAACUAUGGACACGAGCUGCCCAACAUCACCAAUGCACUUCCCCAGAGUGCCAAUCACAGUCCAGACACUUUAUCCAGACCAAGACGAACAGUGUUCACUAGAGCCAUCGAGGGCCGUGAAUUGCAUUGGCAGGACAGCCACUUGCAGCGAAUAAUCAGCAGUGAUAUAUAUAUAGCACCUGCCUGCCAGCGGGAAAGUGAGAGACUACUCUUUAAUUCUCAAGGCCAGCCACUGUGGCUAGAGCAUGUACCUACAGCGUGUGCUCGGGUUGAUGCCCUGCGGUCUCAUGGUUAUCCAAAAGAAGCCCUCAGACUCACAGUGGCCAUUAUCAAUACUCUGAGGUUGCAGCAACAGAGGCAACUUGAAAUCUACAAGCAUCAAAAGAAAGAACUGUUGCAGAGAGGAACCACAACCAUCACAAACCUGGAGGGUUGGGUGGGCCACCCUCUGGACCCCAUUGGUUGUCUUUUUCUCACUUUGACUGAGGCCUGCCGCCUGAAUGAUGAUGGCUAUCUGGAAGUGUCAGAUAUGAGUGAAAGCAGAACCCCUGUAUACCAGCACGUACCUGUGGCUGCAGGCUGCCCAAACAGCAGUGAGUCCUACCUGUCGUUGGCCCUUGAAGUUGCCCUGAUGGGAAUGGGUCAACAGAGGGUGAUGCCUGAAGGCCUCUAUGCACAGGACAAGGUGUGCCGUAAUGAGGAACAACUCCUGAGUCAACUCCAGGAGCUGCAGCUGGACGACGAACUAGUGCAAACACUGCGAAAACAGUGCAUCUUACUGCUGGAAGGAGGUCCCUUCAGCGGUCUGGGAGAAGUAAUCCAUCGAGAAAGUGUUCCCAUGCAUACCUUUGCCAAAUAUUUGUUCUCAGCUCUGCUGCCUCAUGAUCCAGACUUGUCCUAUAAAUUAGCCUUACGUGCCAUGAGGUUACCGGUUCUAGAAAACGCAGCCUCUGCAGGUGACACUUCCCACCCUCACCAUAUGGUAUCUGUGGUACCCAGUCGUUAUCCUCGUUGGUUCACACUUGGACACUUGGAAUCACAGCAGUGUGAACUGGCCUCCACCAUGCUGACUGCUGCAAAAGGGGACACGCUGAGACUCCGAACAAUCCUGGAGGCAAUACAGAAACACAUUCAUUCUUCCUCUCUCAUCUUCAAAUUGGCUCAAGAUGCAUUCAAGAUAGCUACUCCCACAGACAGUAGUACGGACAGCACCCUGCUCAACGUGGCCCUGGAGCUGGGGUUACAGGUGAUGCGGAUGACCUUAUCAACUCUUAACUGGAGGCGCCGGGAGAUGGUGCGGUGGUUGGUGACAUGUGCGACAGAAGUGGGUGUGCGGGCCCUGGUGAGCAUCUUGCAGAGCUGGUACACACUCUUCACCCCCACGGAGGCUACUAGUAUUGUUGCUGCCACAGCCGUGUCCCACACCACUAUCCUGCGCCUUAGUCUCGACUAUCCCCAGAGGGAGGAGCUGGCUAGCUGCGCUCGCACUCUGGCCCUGCAGUGUGCUAUGAAGGAUCCACAGAGUUGUGCCCUGUCGGCCCUUACGCUCUGUGAGAAAGACCACAUCGCCUUUGAGGCAGCCUACCAGAUUGCCAUUGAUGCUGCUGCUGGUGGCAUGACCCAUUCACAGCUGUUCACCAUCGCUCGCUACAUGGAGCUCCGUGGCUACCCGCUACGUGCCUUCAAGCUAGCCUCACUGGCCAUGAGUCAUCUCAACCUGGCCUAUAACCAGGACACCCAUCCAGCCAUCAAUGAUGUGCUCUGGGCAUGCGCCCUCAGCCACUCUCUGGGAAAGAAUGAGCUGGCGGCUCUUCUCCCCCUGGUGGUGAAGAGCGUGCACUGCGCCACGGUGCUUUCUGACAUCCUGCGGCGCUGUACGGUGACUGCACCUGGCCUGGCAGGCAUCCCAGGCCGCCGCAGCUCUGGAAAACUCAUGUCCACCGACAAAGCUCCACUGCGUCAGCUGCUGGAUGCCACCAUCAACGCCUAUAUCAACACCACCCACUCACGCCUGACACACAUCAGCCCCCGCCACUACGGAGAGUUCAUUGAGUUUCUGAGCAAGGCCCGGGAGACUUUCCUUCUGCCCCAGGAUGGCCACCUGCAGUUUGCCCAGUUCAUUGACAACCUCAAACAGAUCUACAAAGGCAAGAAGAAGCUGAUGCUGCUGGUGCGAGAGCGCUUUGGCUGA